UCUUGGUUUGCUCUGAGUUUCCCAGUCCGACGAGGAACGAGAACAACAUCGAUCUGUCUUUGAAAAAACAGAGAGAGAGAAAGAGAUAGAAAAAAGGAACAAAAAGAGAAGGUUGAGAAGAAUGACGGGUGAGCUAGAGUUACCACCGGGGUUCAGAUUUCAUCCGACGGACGAGGAGUUGGUGAAUCAUUAUUUGUGUAGGAAAUGUUCAUCGCUGCCUCUUGCUGUUCCAAUUAUUAGGGAGAUUGAUCUGUAUAAGUAUGAUCCAUGGCAGCUCCCAGACAUGGCUCUUCACGGUGAAAAGGAAUGGUAUUUCUUUACCCCAAGGGACAGAAAAUAUCCAAACGGUUCGCGGCCGAACCGGGCAGCUGGAACCGGAUACUGGAAGGCGACCGGAGCGGACAAGCCGAUUGGGAAGCCCAAGCCUCUGGGAAUAAAGAAAGCACUUGUUUUCUAUGCUGGAAAAGCCCCUAGAGGAGUCAAAACAAAUUGGAUCAUGCACGAAUACCGUCUGGCUAAUGUGGAUAGGUCUGCUGGCAAGAAAAACAACUUGAGGCUUGAUGACUGGGUCUUAUGUCGAAUUUACAACAAGAGAGGUUCAGUGGAGAAAUAUUACGCUGCAGACCAAAACAUGAGAAACUUGACAGAAAUCGACGAGAGAAAACCAAAAAUUAUGGUACCAACAAAAACAAUGAUCACCGACGACCAAAUACACAUGGACACGUCGGACUCCGUGCCAAAAUUGCACACCGACUCGAGCUGCUCGGAGCACGUGGUGUCCCCCGAGUUCACGUGCGAGAGGGAGGUCCAAAGUGAAGCCAAAUGGAGUGAGGUAGACAAUUAUUUUGGGUUCAAUUACAACAUGGAUGAUGGCUUUUCGGAUGACCCUUUUGGCCGUCAGCUUCAGUUUCAAAUGGACCAGCUCUCCCCUCUUCAGGACAUGUUCACGUACCUACAGCAGCCCCUUUAAUCAGACCCGUUUAAAAUAUUUUAAUUCUUUAAUUUGUGGGUCAUGGACACCUCUGGCCUGCUGGUGAUACUCCUCUCCUACCUAGUCUCCUACAAAAUUAGAAAGCAUUCGUUAGAUUAUUUAUGGGCCCCCUAAAUGAGCCUUGGGCCAAAGAAAGAGAUCAGCUGCACUGCAAUUGGUUGGUGACUAUUUGCAUUUCAAUAUUUGAUCCAUUAUCCUAGUGUUAAUAAUAAUAAUAAUGUGUAAUGACCCCUCUAGAGUCUACGCAGGCAGGAUAUUCUUUUAUCUUUCAAAUUGUAGCUGAAUUCUUUCAUACCUAUAUGUAUUGCUACUCAGAAACUAA